UGCUAUCUGCUAGUAGCAGCUAGUAGAUUCCAACACCGGAGCAACCUAUGUAGUACUGCGCCACAACGAAUCAGUCUUGUGAAUAUUCGCGAACUAUGCGGUCGCCAUACGAUGAUUUCUCUGUUGUGUCGGACAGCGGUGAUGAAGCCAGAGCCAAUAGCUACAAUUACAGUAGCAACAACAACAGUAGUGCCAUACCAUAUCACGCGCGUGAAAAUUCGUUGCCAUUUAGUUAUGGCCAAAUAAAUAAGGCCUCGACGCCAUUGCGCAGUAUUAGUGGUGACGCGGGCACUGGCGGACUAUAUCGUAAUCAACAUGGUAUCGGUGUUGGUGUUGGUUCGAGUGGUAUUCGCGAUUUCGGAUUGGGCCCAAGUUCGUCGCCUUCGAAGGCGGAUAUGAGCCUAAGUUCAGGCACUGAUCAUUAUUAUGGUACUAAUUACAAAAAUGCAAGCAAAAACGGAUUAACGGCUACAUUGAAAUCAACAACCGCAAAAACAUCGGCAUCGGGAAGUAGCACGGACACGACAAAUACGAUUAAAGCGCAACCACGUCUUACCAGUCCGAUAUUGGUGCGCAAAACGUUGAAUAGUCGAUCACCUACGCGCAACGGAGCCACUAAUACCAACACAAUUGCCAAUACGUACCACUACAAAUAUGGAAACGACAAUGACAGCGCUUUCUACGCUACCGCCGGCAGCAGCGACCAUAGCAACGCUUUAAAUGGCAACAUCAGCGGCUACAACAACGGCUAUGGUAGCACCAAGAGAUACAACAAUAACAACUUCAUUUACGGCAACAACAACAACAGCGAAAAAUUCGAAAUUGGCGACACAAUUGACGGCAGCCUAAACGUGCGAACGCAACCACGCGAUGAUUUUGAUCAACUUUUACGCGAACGUCGUGAAAAAGUCAUGCGGGAGCAUUACCGACCGACUGGGACAACGCCAAUUGUCAACGGCAGCGGGGGUACCUUCGGCACAUCACCCAAUUCUCGAAAAUUCAACUACGAUUUUGAAUUUCAUUUGAAUUUAGAUGAUGCGCCUCCGCCCCCACGUCGCGCCCACACCAUGGAUCGAACGUCUCUGCAACAGCUGCAGCAAUAUCGCACUCGCGAUAUUCCAGUUGCGCGCGAGGUCGCUAUGCCGACCAGCAAUUCAACGUAUGUGGAACGUAAUUAUCACACAAUUAGCUCCUCGAAUGCCUGCCGAGAGGCAAGCGGGCCGUUCGCAGCUUCCCAGCAACAAUCGCGAAUACUGCAACAGCAAUCGCGACCGCAACCGCAGAGCCAACAGCAACAGCAACUCGAAUCGCUUUACAGUACAGUGGAGAAGCGUGUAGUGCAACCGUCGCGGAGGCAAUAUUCACCAUCACCGUCUCCAACACAAUCGCAGCAAGAGCGUCGACUGGAGUACUCCAGAUAUGGAAAUGGAAAUGCAGCUGGUUAUGGCAUUGACAGCAGCCACGAGUAUGCAACAAAUAAUCGAAGCUCAUUGGGGGCUGCCGUUGUUGCACGCAGCCGCAAUGACUUGUCAUCGCCCAUUUAUGCCACGACGAGUAAGCAAGUCACCGCUGCGACGAGCACAUAUCACAGUCGUAACUCAAUCGAGCCAGCAUUGUCAGUUACGGAUCACCCGAUGGCGGCAUCGUUGUCGUUGCCAGUUGGGCCAGCGUCAACUGUGGCAGCGACUGCGAAUGCGGUAGAGGCUGGCAAGAUUUCACCUUCGCCAUUACACGUCGCACGCCCCGAGACGCCUGCGUUUCCCGUUACGCCACGCACGCCAUAUGGUGGAUAUAAUGGUCAAAACAGCCCCAUAGCUUAUUCGCACAGCCCGGUUCCACAGCGCCCGGACUUGCCGAAUGGAAAGUCAAUGCUUGACUUGCACAACUUCUCCUCGGAGACCAUUUACCGCACAAGUUGUCGCCCACGUCUCGAUUCCAAUAUGUCAAUGGUGAAUAGUGAACCCCAGGAGGUCGCUGCACANGAAUGGAAAGUCAAUGCUUGA